GAUUCUCAGUGACAAUGAGUUGACUGAAUUACACAAGGAUUCAUUUGAAGGCCUACUAUCUCUCCAGUAUUUAGAUUUAUCCUGCAAUAAAAUACAGUCGAUUGAGAGAGGUACAUUUGAGUCACUACCAUUUUUGAAGUUUCUAAAUCUUGGUUGUAAUUUAAUCACAGAAGUGAGCUUCGGAACAUUUCAGGCCUGGCAUGGGAUGCAGUUUUUACACAAGGUAAUUCUCAGUCGUAAUCCUCUGACAACUGUUGAAGAUUCAUAUCUUUUUAAAUUGCCAGCAUUAAGAUACCUAGACAUGGGAACAACACAAGUGUCACUUACAGUAGUCGAGAAGAUCCUGAUGACGACUCUUGAAUUGCAAAAACUCACUGAAAUGUUUCUGAUUCUUAAGUCAUUUGACUGCAAUGUACGGCGGGGAAUGACAAAGACCUGUCUCAUCCGUCUUCCACUAUCAAAAGCAAUCUCUUCUUUUUUGACAGUUGAGGAAACUUCUGUAGGGAAUGCAGAUGGGACGUUCAUGAAGGUAUUACAGGCCCGGAAGAAGAAAACCAGAACAGAGCUAAUCAUCGAGCCCGAGAAAGCCUCCUCAGACAAAAGUGGCGUCAACCUCUCAGGCUUCAUGAAUGAGCCGCAAGACUUUAAUGAUGAAAGCGAUGUGAUUAGUGCACUAAAUUAUAUAUUGCCUUGUUUUUCAGAAGGAAAUCUAGAAAAUGUAGAAUCAACACUAUUACCACUCAUUAAACUGCUUUUUUCAAAUACACAAGAUAGAGACAAGCCCUGGGGUUAUUUGAAAAACAAUAUAAGGAGCCCCCCUCUUAAACCUGAAUCCAAUGAUCUGACCUAUGAAAAUAAAUUAAGGAAGCUCUAUUUUCUAGAAAAUUUAUUAGAUGCAGAAAUUCAAGAAAAAAUUGAUGAGGUCAAAAAGAAAGAAAAAAUUGCCAUGCUUAUGCAGUCUAGACUGUUAGGCCCCAAAUUUAAACGCCAAAUCUUUCCAAAGAAAUCAGAGCUUGCUCAGCCACAGAGGAAAGAGAGUGCCCAGCCUCCUGUGAGGAGCGUGGCCACAGAAGUAAGGCUCAGGAGGCCCCACCCAAGGGAACCACAACAGCUGCACAUGGCGCAGAGGCCUAAGAAGCUAGUGGGAAACUCCUUCCACGUGGAACAGUCCUUCCCAAAGGACCAGAAGGUCCCAGUCUCUGUGAGCUUGAAACAUCCCUUGAGGCGUGGGCCUUAUGCCUCCAACAUGCAUUCCAUACCAGACAUUAAAAAGAAACCAAAAGAUUUAACUUAUACCAUGUAUGUAUUAGAACAUGCAAACGCUAGAGUUAAGAAUAUGAAGUCUCCUAAAGAAAUCAAAGAAAGUCACUACUUUCAUGAAACGCACUCUCGUGUAGCCCACAGAACACCCAAGGCCAAAUUGACUGAAAGGUUGAGAAAGAAAAAUUCCCGCAAGAGACUGAUGCUUGCACAAAGGCCUCCAUUCUCCGGAGUUAGAAGCCUCAUCAAUUCCCCUUCACAAGGGGAUUUUUCAUCUAAACGAGACCUGAGUCCUCAGGAAAAUCCGUUUCCAGAAUUACUGGCUAUUUCAGAACCUUUGUUCCAAGACACUAUUGUAAAUGAGAUUACUCCAAGAAAUGGUUUUGAAGAAAACGUUCCUAUAGAAGACACUCCUGUGCCACAAGAAGAAACUGCCCCUGAAAACACAGUCCCCAGGCCUGCUGCUCUAGAUUCCACGGUGACCCCACACAACUUAAUGCCAAGUGAUAAACAGAGCGGUGAAAUGCAGUGGGAAUACAACAUGGGUACUCGCUUACCCCCCAAGCCCAAAGGCUUCACUUACCCAGUGCUCUCAUCCCCAGGCGAUCAAUUUGAAAUUCAGCUGAACCAGCAGCUAAGGUCCCUCAUCCCCAACAACGAUGUGCGAAAGCUCAUUUCUCAUAUCAUAAGAACUUUGAAAAUGGACUGCUCUGAGCCCCAGGUGCAACUGGCCUGCGCCAAGCUCAUCUCCAGAACCGGCCUCCUGAUGAAGCUCCUCAGCGAACAGCAGGAAGUAAAGGUGUCCAAGGCAGACUGGGACACAGACCAAUGGAAGACUGAGCAUUACAUCAGCGAGAGUGAACACAAAGAGCAGCAGUCAAGUGAGCUCUCAAAAGAGGUUCCAGGAUAUGGCUAUAACAAACUCAUCUUGGCAAUAUCUGUGACGGCAGUAGUGAUGGUUUUGAUUAUAAUUUUCUGUCUCAUUGAGAUUUAUUCUCAUAGGAAAGCAGUUCAAGAAGAUGAAGAAGGAGGACGUCCAAGGAGGAGCUUUUUCCGGUUUCUGGAUAGGAGAUGCACAUCAGCAUCUGAUAGGCAAAUUCGAAGAUGA